GUUUACCUGGGGACGAGAUUGCACCAGGAUGCAAUAAAGGACGAAAGCAAGCCAGCAGAGGCAGUAUGAUGCUCUGGGCAAUGUUCUGCUGGGAAACCUUAAGUCCUGGCAUUCAUGUGGAUGUUACUUUGACACGUACAACCUACCUAAACAUUGAUCAGAAUGGUCUUGUGGCGUCCAUGUCUCAAUGGUGGCAAAAGGGGGACCUACACAAUAUUAGUUGAGAAGAUAACGGAAAUCUCCCAUCAUGAAUCCUGCUCAGAUCCCCUUUGUCAGAGUGAAUGAAGAGAAAGUCAUUUCAAAGUCAGAGCUGUUGUCCCUUUUAAAAACCUAUAACUGCUACCAUGAAGGAAAGAGUUUUCAGCUCCGCCUCCGAGAGGAAGGGGGCGAGUUGAUUAUGGAGGGUUUACUCAACAUCUCCUGGGGUCUGAGGAGGCCAAUCAGACUGCAGAUGCAGGAUGACCACGAGCGCUUCCAUUUUGCCAAUGCAGGAUUCUGGAAGCCAGAGAGCCCAGGGAGAGACCAUGGGAAUGAAAACCAACAGAGUCCCAUUCAGUUUUCAUUUGAGUCCAACAACAAUGAAGUUACUGUACCAGCAAAAAACAGUUUUGAUGGUCUUAGCUCAGAAGAGGAAACUCCUCAACUUCCAAGAACCAGAAGUGAUGCCAGCUUCAUGAACGUCCAAAGAAGGUCCAAACAGCGAUCCUCAGGAGACUUACAAAGGGUUAAAAGGCAUCGCUUCUCCAUCAAUGGGCACUUUUACAACCACAAGACAUCGAUCUUCACCCCAGCUUAUGGGUCAGUAACUAAUGUUCGUGUGAGCAGUUCAAUGACAACACAACAAGUGCUCAGUCUGCUACUAAAUAAAUUUCGGGUGGAAAAUAAAGCGGACGAAUUUGCACUUUAUAUCGUCCAUGAAUCAGGAGAAAGGACGAAGAUUAAAGACACUGAAUAUCCCUUGGUGUUGCGUGUGCUGCAUGGCCCAUGUGAAAAAAUUGCCAAACUAUUUAUUAUGGAAAAGGAUCUGGGUGAAGAGGUUACUUAUGAUGUUGCACAGUACAUAAAGUUUGAGAUGCCUGUGUUGGAUAGCUUUGUCACAAAACUGAGGGAAGAAGAGGAGAGAGAGAUUUCAAAACUGACAGAAAAGUAUGGUGUACUGAAAUCAGUGAUACAACAACAGCUAAAGGAUAUUUCUGAAAGUGCAGACUGUGUGUGAAGAUAUAGAUUUCUUACUUGUUUUUGACUGAGGACAUACUAGAUGCAAUAUGAUUUAUACUUAGGAGUUUGGAAGUACCAGUAACUGAUUUCACAUAGAAUACUCAGGAGUGACACACAAUGACAGAUGCUACUGUUAAAAUACUUUAUAAAGCACUUAAAUAUUUUUAAAUGCUGAGGGUUGUUUUUUUAUUUUUAUUUUUAAAGUUAGUGACACUUCUUAAACUACAUAUCAUAACUAAACACUGAAUGUAUUUAGUUGAACACAAUACACUUUUUAAGAAUGUAUAAUAAAACAUUUUUUUUUUUUU